AUGCUGCUCGCAGACAGUGCCGGCUACAAGGCUGAUCCGUUCUUGGUUUUUAAGAUCAAACCGCCCAAGAACUCCGAGAGAACACCGUUAAUCAGCACGGAUCUGGGCGCCAACUCUAGGACGAGUUGCAAAAGCGACAGAGCUCACGAAAGUCCCACCGGGGUAUGCCAGCCAGCCAACUUGGCCUGA